GCGUGAGUCCGUGAAGUGGAUGAAAACUUCGUCAACAAGCCGCCAGUGAGCCGAUUUGGCCCGGACUUGUUCCUCGUUUAGAAUUGCCGGUUUACGCUGUACCAUUACAACUUGGUAAAGAUCUCCAGGAACAAAAUUGUGCUGUACUACAAGUGGAAGCGGAGCUAAAAUAUGCCGCUACUCCACAGAAAAGCCUUCAUCCGACAGAAACCACCGGCGGACCUGCGGCCGGAUGAAGAAGUGUUUCUUUGUAAAAUCACACACGAAAUCUUCAGGACCUACGAUGAGUUCUUUGAGAGGACCAUCCUCUGUAACAGUUUGGUGUGGAGCUGUGCCUUGACGGGGCGAGCGGGCCUCACUUACCUGGAGGCUGUAGAGAGUGAGCAGCGAGCGAAGCAGAGUCUCCAGACCUUCCCACAGUCCCUGGUGGUCCCCCUGCUCCACCUGGCUUCUCUGAGCCACCGCACAAGGUUGACGGAGCUCUGCGAGGACGUCUACACCUUCGUCAAAGACCGCUUCUUCCCCGGGGAGGUGGUGGACGUCAGUAGACGCAAUGGAGCCAGGUACGUGUGUGAGAUCCUGCAGGUGAUCUCGCCUCUCUCCAGUGCUAAUGGCGCGCAGUUUGCUAAUGGCCACACCGGUCCUGCUGCCGUGGACGCCAUCGUCAUCAGUGACAGCGACGAUGAAAGUGACACCUUUGAAAGUCCCACAUCUCAGGCCAAAGGGAGAAAGAAACCUCUGAGUCCAUCAGUGUUUAAAUACAAAGUGAGGAUGAUGAAGGGCGAACAAAGCGAGCCGUUCACUGUCAAAGCCAAUCAGAUCAGUCGUAGGAAAUCCACUCUGUCAAGAGAGAGACUGAAGCUACUCUUCAAACAGCACUGUGAGCCUCAGAAAGGGAUUGUUAUACUCAAGCCCGCCACCGUGAAGAAGUACCGGCUGACUGAGCAGACUUUCUCUCAGUUCUUCCCUGAUGAGCCGCCCCUAUUCCCCUUCAGCCCCCCUUCUAAUGGAGAAGGACGCUGCUCACCUGGACAGUCGGGUCCACUGGCUGCGAUGGAGAAGCUGAAGCUGCUGCAAAAGAGAGAAGAAAUGGUAGCUGCAGCUCAGGACAAAGCUCGACUGAAGAGGGAAAAGGAGGAGGCCCAGGAGGCCAAGAGGAGGGAGAGGGAGGACAAGGACAAGAUGAAGGAGGAGCAGAGGCGACGCUUUGAGGAAGAGAAGCAGAAGAAGAGAGAAGAGAAGGAGCGCCGGAAGCUGGAGAAAGACAGGGAACGAGAGAAGCUAAAAGAGGAGAAAAAGAAGUAUGCUGAACGACUGAAGCUGUGGAACAAACCCAGAGAAGACAUGGAGUGUGAAGACCUGAAGGAUCUACCCAGUCCAGUUCCAGUGAGAACUCGUCUUCCACCAGAGCUCUUUGGAGAAGCGCUCAUGGUCCUUGAGUUCCUACAGGCAUUUGGUGAGGCCUUCGACCUCAAGGAUGAGUUCCCUGAAGGUGUCACUCUGGAGGUUCUGGAGGAGGCUCUGGUAGGUUCUGAUCCUGAAGGUCCUCUCUGUGAGCUGCUCUUCUUCUUUUUGACGGCCAUCUUUCAGGCCCUGGAUGAAGAACAAGAAGAGGUGGCCAAAGAUCAAGCUGGAGACCUGUGGGAGUCACUGGAUGAUGACUCGGAUGCAACGCGCUCAGCUCUGAGCGCCGUCGCCUCAUUGGCUGCAGCCUGGCCUCAGCUCCAUCAGGGGUGUAGUCUCAAACAGUUGGACCUUGACAGCUGCACACUGUCAGAAAUCCUGCGCCUGCACAUCCUAGGGUCUGGCGCUGACUGUAACCAUGGCAACGCCAAGUUUCGUUACCAGAAGCAGGGAGGGUUUAUGGUGACGGAUGAUCCGUGUGUGGAGCUGCGGCUGGCUGAACCAGCGCUGCUGAAGAAGCUGACGUGUACGCCCGUGUACGACCUCACAGCAGGGGAGAAGCUGAAGAUCCUACAGGCCCUGCUGGGGAAACUGCUGACUUUAGCAUCUAGCAGGGAUCUGAUUGAAGACUGUGUGGAGGAGCAGAGGACAGCAAGACAGGAACUGAGAGAGGUCCGAGCUGAGCAACACCGCAGAGAGAGGGAGGAGGCUGCACACAGGGUUCGUCUUCGGAGAGAGGAGAAGCUGAGGGACCAAGAACAGAGACUAAAAGAGAAGGAAGACAAACUGAAGGAACAGGAGGCAAAGGACAGACUCCAAACUAAUGGUGAAACUCCUGCAGAACAUCAGAUUGAGGAUGAGGAGGACAAUGAUUCAUCCAACAAGAUGAUGACGAAAGCGAAAGACGAGCAGAAGGAAAAAGAUCAGACAAACUCCGACUCCAAACUUCUGUCAGGCCCUCCUCCCAGCCUGAGUCCAGAGGAGCAAGAGAAAGAACAGGAGAGGGUUCGAGAACUGCAGGAGCGGAUCCAAAAGGCAGCCGCCUGUACCUGCCUGCUGCCUCUAGGCCGAGACCGGAUGUACCGCAGAUACUGGAUCCUCCCCUCUGCCUCUGUGCUGUUUGUGGAAGAUGACUGCUUCGGUCUGACUGAAGACAUGCUGCAGCCGCGCCCGAAGCCUGCUGACAACUCUGCAAGCAAGAUGGAAGAUGAGGAAAUGGUCAAGAAUGAUCCAGGUGGAGAAAGUACUGGCUCAAGCCCAGCUCCCCACCACACCUUCAGUCCACCGGUCAGCCGACCCAACCAGUGGUCCUUCUACAGCUCACUGGAAGAGAUCGAUCAGCUGAUCGAGGCUUUGAACCCGCGAGGUCACAGAGAGAGCAGCCUGAGGGAGGCGCUGCUGCAGGAGAGAGAUAGACUCCAGCAGCUGCUGCACAACUGUGACCACAACAAAUACACACACACAGGUGAUCCCAGGUUUUCUCAGACAAGUCCCGAAUCCAGCGCUGCAGCUGAGACUGUGAUGGAGGUCAGGCUGAGAGACCUGCUGUUGGACAUAGAGGACCGUAUCCACCAGGGAACUCUGGGAACUUUGAAGGUGAUGGACAGACAGGUAUGGCGGUCGGCACUGGAAGCAGGAAACUACGAGCUGCUAGGCUCUGAUGGCAGAGAGAAUUCCAGGAUGAACAGGCAGGUGGAAGCCAUGGAGGUGGACUCUGCCCACCUGAGAGGCAAAGACAGGCUGCAGGAGGUGAAGUCUGAUGGAUUUGGGACCAGCGGUAGUGGGACUCCUCAGGUGGUUAGCAGCUCCAUACGGAUCCUGGCUCAGGCCCUCGGUCACAUUGAGCAAGGCAUUGAGAGACGGUUCCUCAAAGCUCCACUAGGUGAGGAAGACUCAAAAAAAGACCAGAAGAUGAAGAAGAACAAGAAGAAAGAGGAGGACCAGGCUAGUGAUGACGGCGGCAGCGACAGCGGUCGGGUCAUUAAGACGGUGUUGGAGCGAUGGAGGGAGUCUCUGCAGUCCUGCUCCAGCCUCUCUCAGGUGUUUGUCCACCUGUCCAGUCUGGAGCGGAGCAUCCUGUGGUCCCGUUCAAUCCUCAACGCUCGCUGUCGCAUCUGCAGACGCAAAGGAGACGCUGACAACAUGCUGCUGUGUGAUGGCUGUAGUCGAGGACACCACACCCACUGCCUGAGGCCUCGUUUGAAGUCGGUUCCAGAGGGAGACUGGUUCUGUCCGGACUGUCGACCCAAACAAAGAUCCAGCCGUAUUCCGUCCCGACAGCGAUCUUCUAUCAAUGAGGAUGAAGAAGAGGAAGAGGAGGAAGAGGACGAUGAAGAGUCUGAAGAGGAGGAGGAAGAGGAUGAAGAAGAGGUGGAGGAGGUGGUAAUUAGCACCAAAAAGAUCCAGACUCAGCCGCCCAGAGGGAAGAACCAGCAGCCCACUUCCAGGAACAGCACUCCUUCAUCAGGGAAAACCUCUUCAUCCUCCAGAUCCUCGGGGACAAAGUCCGCUCCACCUCCAUCGAAGGCAAACGUGACAACCCAGGGUAAAGGUCUGGCCCGCUCAGGGAGCCGGAGCAGCGCUCGCCUGAGCCACGAGAUCCUGGCACCAAACACCAGAACCUCCCCAGGUCAAAGUGAGAGUCUCAAGAGGACGGCAACAGAUGCUGGAUCACCAAAACCAUCCAGAACCGUCCUCCCAGUCUCCUCGUCCUCCUCCAGUCGGCGUUCCUCUGGGAGGAACCAAGGCGUCCAUGAGCUGUCGGCCUGUGAGCAGCUGACCGUUGAACUGGUCAGACAUGAGGACAGCUGGCCCUUCAUGAAGCUGGUGUCCAGAACUCAGGUUCCUGAUUACUAUGACAUCAUCAAGAAGCCGAUCGCUCUGAGCACCAUCAGAGAGAAGGUGAACAACUAUGAAUAUCAGACGGCAGGAGAGUACAUCUCAGAUGUGGAGCUGAUGUUCUCCAACUGCCUCCAAUAUAACCCUCGUCACACCAACGAGGCCAAGGCAGGACGUCGCCUGCAACAGUUCUUCCACUCUGAACUCAGCAGACUCGGCCUAUCAGACCGAAGCACCACCCCACCUGCCAAACGCUCCAGACAGUGAACCAAACACACCCUAUCAUCUCAUUCCGUCCACUUCGCUGCAGCCUGGUUGCUCCAGAGGUGAAGAAGUUAUUUUACCCUAGGACCGACUCUUUGUGACCUCUGGCCUCCGUAAGGGAGCUGCUGGUGUCAGAAAUGUUUCAGAGUCUAAACUUAGAAAGUUUUGAACCAUAAGCUCCACCCCCUCACCUGUUCACCUGAGCAGAGCUUCACUGUAAAGGAAAUCAGAGUUGCAGCUACUUGGAGUUCAGUCAUGUAGAGAAAUAGGUUUUUCUUGCUGCUGUUCAGGGCAUUUCUCCCCGGUCUGUCCACACAGACGGGGACACGUAGCAGACCUGUUGGACACAUGGACCUUUGGUGCUGUAGAACCAGUAAGAGUCCCGGCUAAUUUCACCUCAUGUUGUCUUUCAUCCAAGCAAAAACCACUGAAGAAUCUUUGCACUGAUGGUGAAAAGACGACUCAGAUGAAGCCGUUGAUGUUUCCUCAGGGACAAAUUUUUAUUUAAAUUUUUUUUUUUAAUCAGUUCAGCUGGUUUUUUACAGAAGUUAGAACCCCCACGAGGCUGCAGGAUCUCCGGGUUUGUCAUCUGGACGACAAAGAGCCAGAAGAGGUUGUGUGUGUAUGAAGCUUUUUUUUCUGUUCGGUUGCUGUCUGAACAAAAAUCUUACACUUGAGUGAAUUCAACCAGAAUCUGUCAACAAGUUCUCUUUUGUAAUACAAAACAAACAUGGCUGCCUCGUCACAUAACCAGGUCUCCUCCUCAGGUGAUGAUAUGACCAGAUCAAGUAAACGCUAAAUCACUUCCUGGUCAGCAAUUUUAUUCUGCUGUUGGUUUUGUUUUUGUGUUUUCUGUUUUGUUUUCUUCCCCCUCCAGGUGAAGUCAUUUAUUAGAUGUUGUGGUUGACCAAUCACUUGCUGUUUGUUCUCAGGUUGAAAAAGAGCCGUUUAAAUAUUCUCUUCCUCAGUGGACAGUCUGAGUUCCUUAAAUCUGACCAUCUGGUGUCUUCCUCAGAAUGAACAAUAUUAAAUGUUCAGAUGUAAAGUUAGUCUGCUCCCCGCCCCAGAAAAAGGUGUUGGAAGUGGAAAUGUUGGAUGUGUUCGGUUCAGAUUUGUGUUGAAACAUUUCAUCAAAUGUUUGACUUUUCUAGACAACUUCAGCUGAAAUGUCUAAGACAGAAAUAAAAAUGUGUGAAAUGACAAAGAAAAUGCAUUCCUCUGCUGGAACUUGUCACACCCACCAGGAGGCAAUGCUUCAUCUCCAGAGGACGUCCAUGUCGAGCUGGAGCUGCUGUAGCCUCUGAUCUGUAGUUUUUGUAUUUUUUGACUACUGCAAUUUUUUGUCUUUAAUUUGUUUUUGGACAGUCUUCAGUCAUUUAACUCUUACGCUGUGUGAGUGUGUGUGUUAGUGGAUGGAUGUCAGCUGGAGACACUACACUGGAGCUGUUACAGCCCACCCUUCCCCCUCUGCUCUGUAUUUAUUUAGUUCAAGUCUCUGCGUUGUCUUUAUUUAUGACCACUAGCUGCCCUCAGCGUCCCAAUGUCCUCUCAUCUGUUUGUUGUUCUGUUAAAAUAAAUUCAAGUUUUAUAAUCA